GUUUGUCAACACAAUUAUUUAUUUCAAUAAGCUUGAACAGUGCGGCCUAAAAGGUUGCAGAUUAGCACUGCAGACCACACGUUCUAAUGAACGCCUCUUGUGUGGCAUGUCGGACUCGUGGCUCCGGUAUGGUGGCCAUCUACCAUCAUCCCAACGGGUUGGAUCAAAUGUUUACUUCCGUUACCGGAAUCGAGGUCGAAGAUGCGGACCAUUUGUGCAUUCCGUGCUACGACGACCUGAAGGCAGCACAUAUCUUCAAACAGAAAUGCAUUCAAAACAAUAUCCUUCGAAUUAGUCGCCCCUCGACGACCCGAUCCUGUCCCAUCGAAGAAGCUCACCAAAGUCCAAAAGCAGAGGCUUCUCAACCUUCUCAACCUGAUGACUCAAACCCACCAAAAUCCAAGCUGAUUCCAAAUGCUGAAAUUUCCACUACCAUGACUGAGGCCGACAUUCUCGAGGAACACUUGGAAAUCAGAUCCGAUGUGUCGGAGCCAGAGGAGGAGGACGAGGAAGAGGACAUUGACACGGAAAUGCAAGAGGAAGACGAUGUUGACGAAGCGAAAGAUCUGCCCGCAGAACCGGAUGAGCCGACUGGUAUCGAAGAUAUCAAACCGGCGUGCAUUCAAUUAGCGGAGGAAGCCAUCGUCGAGUCGAAUGUCGAAGUCAUGCAGGAAGAGCAGUUGAUCCAAUGCGAUGUGUGCAGUAAGGCGUUUAACAAGAUAAACCUUCUGAACCGACACAUGAAGGCUUGCCAUCAGGCGGCAGAAUCGACCGACGAUGGCGAACAGAGUGCACCGGGAGCGCUGGCCACUCUACCGACGGUGCACAAUCUCAUGUGCGAGUACUGCUUCCAGGAGUUUACCGCUUUGACUGAAAAAUUCGCACACGAAACGGCACACAUGUCCGAAACGAAACCGUACAAGUGUCCGCACUGUCAGAGCACUUUCAAGGAUAAGGUCGGGCUGCGUAGUCACAUACGGAUCCACUCGGCGGUGAAACGAUACAAAUGCCAGUACUGCGACAUGCGGUUCCACCAGCGCGGCAAUCUGACGGCUCACGAGAGGACACACGUCGGUGCGAAGCCGUUUGUCUGUCCACAUUGUGGGAAAGGAUUUGCCGAAAGUGGUAACCUGAAAAAUCACAUACGGUACCACACGGGCGAGCGGCCUUAUACAUGUUCCGAAUGUCCGAAGCGUUUCCGGACGCACUACUCCAGGACGGUUCACUAUCGGUCGCACAGCAACGAACGACCCUUUCGCUGUAUGGAAUGCGACAAAGGCUUCUAUUCGUCCGGUAAGCUGAUCAUCCACCGGAGAGUGCACAGCGGCGAGAAGCCCUAUAAGUGCAGUGCCUGUCCGGCGAAGUUUGCCGACAGCAGCGGUCUGAAGAGGCACACCAAAACGCACUGAAGAUGUUAAUACGGGUGACACAGAAGUUUACAGACAGGAUCCAUGGUAAAUGUAAAUCAAUUAUGGUAACUUUAAAUACUAGCUGUGGUGACUCUGAUUUCCGAAAGAAAGUCCUCAGAUUGUUAGUUGUUCAAAAAGGCUCUA